UGGAUGGAUGGCUAUCGUACACCGACUCACACACAGCACAAGAUGGACUUGCCUGCCUUCCGGUGUCUCAUGUGACGGUGGGUAUGUUUCUCGUGCGGUAGUCCUCCCCCUGGAAGAUGGGCGCCCGCUGCUCCUCCUCCCUCUCCCUCUCGUCCUCACCACGCAAGAACUCCUCAUCGCCAGCAGCCUCUUUCCGCACAUGCCCAUGAGUCGUCGCCUGGACCUGCACAUACACACCAGAGGGAUGGGCGGAUGCAUUUGUCGCUGGCCGACCGACCGAUCAGAGCUGAUAUGUACCUGUCGGGCCCACUGGCUGGCGUAUUUGCCGUUGGGUAUCCUCAGUAGCUCGGCGUGCGACCCCUGCUCCGCAAUGAUGCCGUUGUCGAUGUAGACGAUCUGGUCGGCGUCCACUAUCGUCGACAGCCGGUGGGCGAUCGCCACACUCGUGCGGGAUUGACCCAUCGUCUGUACCACCAGACCAGAGAGGCAGGCGGCAUUUGUGGUCCGCCGACGGAGCGUUGCGUGGCUCUCUUUGUCUCACCUUGAAUGCGUCGAGGAUCUUCUUCUCGGUCUCGAGAUCCAGCGACGAUGUGGCCUCGUCAAACACGACGAUCAGCGGAUUCCUGACACACACACACACUCACACACAUGCGUUGACACCCACCCCUGCCUGCCUCUGUGUGUCUCGACUAAUCACUCACCUGAGAAUGCACCUGGCGAUGCCGACCCUCUGCUUUUCGCCGCCCGACAGCUUCAGUCCCCUCUCGCCCACCACCGUGUCGUAACCCUGACACACAGCCGAUUGACGAAUAAACACUAUAGGCACCAGGAAACAAACGCAGCCAGCCCCAAAUGUAUGAGUGACAGCAGCUGACCUACCUUUGGGAAGUUGGAGAUUGUGUCGUGCAGGUGUGCUGCCUUGGCGGCAGCUACCACCUCCUCGUCGGUCGCCUGCAAUCAACGCAACGCAUUGGCACAAGCAUUGCACGAGGGGGUCUGUUUCUCUAUAGUGUGCAGUUGAGUUCCUUACAGUCGGUCUUCCGUAUCUGAGGUUGAACAUGAUGGUGUCGUUGAACAGCACAACGUCCUGCGGCACAACACCUAUGUGCUUACUACACACGCACACACACACACACACACACACCGCACGACGGUCGGCACACAUUCAUCCAGCCAUGCAUUUGCUUCCUCACCGAAAUGAGCUGGUCUUGAGUGUUCUGAUGUCCUGCCCAUCGAGGGUGAUGCGGCCGCCGGUGGUGUCCAUGACGCGGAACAGCAGCUUGAUCAGCGUCGACUUGCCGGAACCCGACGAGCCCACGAUGGCCAGCUUGUGGCCCGCCGGCACGGUGAACGAUAUGUCUGCACACACACACACACACACACACGUGUCCACACACAGAGAGAUAUGCACCUGUGUGGGGGCGUGUGUGAGUGUUGUGCGCUGUGCUACCGGAGAAUACGGGCACAGUCAAGUUCUUGCCGGGCUUGUAGUCGAAAGACACGUUCUCAAAGGCGAUCACACCCGACCUGUAGGCAGACAGACAGACAGACGCACUAACGAAUAUUUAACGCUUAGCGAUUCCUUCCUGACCCCGGCACGUAGUCUUUCGCAUUUGGAAUGUCCGCAGCUUUCGGCUUCCGCCUGAGAAGCUCGUGAAGCUGAAAGAGAUAGAGAGGCAGACACAUGAGUAUGCCGUCGUGUGAUGUGAUGUGUGUGUUGAGUGCCCGUCGCACCUUCCACAUGUCGAUGAGGUUGAGCCUCGUCUCGCGGUAGACCGUCCCGAUGAAAUUAAGAGGAAUCGCCAGCUGGAACAACAGCGAAUUCACCAGCACCAGGUGACCUGACAAGGUAGAGAAAGGGAGAGAGGGAGCCACCUGCCGUUCGUGUGUGCCAGGGGAGAGGGUGCGAGGACCGACUCACCGACGGGGCAGGCUCCAGCGACCACCUGUGAAGCGGUGAGGCACAUGCAGGCCAGCAGGCCCGCGCUGAAGAUGAGCUGCUGACCGAAGUUCAGGAAAGCCAGCGACUCCAACACCUGACGAUACGCACACACGGAGGGUGUGGUUUUAUACAGCGUGCCCAUGACACGACGGAUGGGAUGGGCGGGCAGAUGGGAUGGGUACCUUGACGUUUUCGUCUUCGUAUUUCUUUUGUGUCUUGUUGUAUCUCUCCAACUCGAACUGCUCGUUGGUGAACAGCCGAACCGCCUCGGCGUUGAUGAGCGAAUCCAUCAACAGACCAUUGCCCUCUUGCUCGGCCUACACAACACACACACACACACACACACAGAGAGAGAGAGCGAGAGAGAGAGAGAGAGAGAGGGUGAGUGAGGGUGCUUGGGUGGGUGGGCGGCGCGUCACCUGGUUCAUUUUCUUUCUGAUCUCUGUCCUCCACCCCGUAACUAUGGUCGUGAACCCAAUGUAGGACGCCAUCGUGCCCACCGUAAUCGCUGCAGGCACCAGGCAGCAAUGUGUGUGUAUGUGUCUGUGUGUGUAUGUGUGGGCACCGCAUACAUACAUACCAGCUGUCAGGGGUCCCACGCUGGUGGUGAGGACGUACAGUACGAGGGAGAACUCAAAGAUGGUGGGCACCACCUGGAACAGCAUCAUGUUCAGGAUGGACGUCGUCGACCGCACUCCCCUGACACAACACACCAACACGGAUCACCACGGACGAUCAACCACGGUGUCGUCGAUAUGGCUUUCUGGCCUGCCCAUCUUCCACCAGAGCAGACCUCGAUAUGAUGGUGCUCAGCUCGCCCGAUUUGGCCGUCAACAGAUAGUCCAAAUCUGAACACGUACGUAUACAGGCAAGCAAUGACCAUUUGCAGUGCCCUCUGUCUGCUUCUGCUGACCGAGCGAAUGCAGAUGGCGGAAAGCGUCGCAGGCGAUAUGCCGACACGCCACUUGAGAGACCUGCACAGACACAGGAAUCGUGCACGUGAGCCGUCGUCUGAGGUGUUCCUCCCUCCAUCUCUCCCUCCCUCCCUCCCUCCCUCCCUCUCUCUCCCACUGACCCUUGCAAAUAUGGCGCUCCUGAGCUCUGAGAAUCCCGAUGCUCCGAUGCGCGCCAAGGCAUAUGACACCAAGAAAACUACGGACACCAUACCAUUGAGCCACAGGACAGUAAGCCACCAGCACCCACGAAUCGACCUGCACUGCACUGCACCCACCGAUGGGAAUCAUCUCGAUCGACGGCGUUGACGCCACAUGGUCCACCAGCUUGCCCAGCAGCAGGGGCGCCUGGAUGGUCGCCAGCUUGCCCAGUAUCAAGCAACCCACCGACGCAACCACUCGCACGCGAUGUGACCUGCAAUUGCAGCAGCAGCAGAAGCAGCAGCCAGCAUGGCUCAGAAACGGCACAUGUCAUUCGUCCAUCUCACUCACGUGUCACUCGGCCAUAGGAAGGUCGCCAGUGACUUAAGGAUGUCGAGGUUGCCCUGCCACGUCGUCCGCUUGUCCACCGCACCGCUGGCCUUGCUGUCCCCGCCACCAGCCCUCUCCCAUCUGCCAGACAGCUCUAUCCGCCUCUCCUCGAGGAGGGGCCGAUACCUUGAUAGACACCGAUGCUGACCUGCUGGGGUCCAUAAAGCAGGCCUGACGCGCCAGCACUCCGCAGCAAUAGUCCUGUGCGUAAGGAGGAGGGAGGGAAGGGGCGCUGCAGAGGGAGAGAUGCAGGCAGCGGCUGACGUUGGGACGUCUGACGGCCAGCGGAGAGGUCUGAGGCGACGAGAUGCGGGCAGUAGACUGCGGGCCAGCCUCUGCGAGGCCAUCAGUGCAGCGAAAUCACUCAGAUCAGCGCUGCCACUUCCGAAGUUGAUCGAAACGCUUCAAACGUUGUUGCUGAUGGAUCAAACGAUGCAAGCUGGUGUCAAAUGAUGCCUGACCACUUCAAAACAGCCGAAAUCUGGG